AUGUCAGACUUCGUCACACCCACGGAAUUGCCGCUGCCGCUGCCUCGGCUCAAGAGAACCAACACCGGGUUCACCCCCAAUCAAAUCAUUGCGUUGGACUCUUCCAUCCCCGAAGGGUCCAAGCUCGUAUGGCUCAAGAAUAGCAAAUUGAAACCUUUUAAUCCGUCUGUGUCAUACAAGGAGAGAACUGCCACAAACAAGAACGACAAGGGUACGUUCGAACAGUCGUUUGUCAACCAUGUGGAAACCACCUUGGCCAGAAACAUGUUCAAUUGUGACGAGUUGGCCGCGUACCAGGCCAGUUCUAUUGCCAUUAGAGACGAAUUGAUUUUAGAUUGGGCCAACACCCAGCAGAAACAGACGGUGCAUGACAGCAAGCGGGUGUACUAUCUCUCGUUGGAGUUUUUGAUGGGUAAGGCCAUGGACAAUGCCUUGAUCAACUUGGCUGCAAGAGACAAUGCUUCGGAUUCCUUGAAGGAAUUGGGCUUCAAUUUGGAAGACGUGUUGCAGCAGGAGCCGGAUGCCGCGUUGGGUAACGGGGGGUUGGGCCGGUUGGCGGCGUGCUUCGUCGACUCGCUCAGCUCCAAAAACUACUCGGGCUGGGGUUAUGGCUUGAAUUACCAGUACGGGAUCUUCAAGCAAUUGAUUGUGGACGGAUACCAGGUCGAGGCCCCCGAUUACUGGUUGAAGUACUCGAACCCGUGGGAGGUAUUGAGGCACGAGAUCCAGAUCCCGGUGGAUUUCUAUGGGUAUGUGUAUGAAACCUACGACACAAACUCCGGUAAACCCAAGAAGGUGUGGAAUGGCGGACAGCGGGUGUUGGCAGUGGCAGUGGACUAUCCAAUUCCCGGAUACAACACCGACAACACCAACAACUUGCGUUUGUGGCAAGCCAAACCCACCGAGGAGUUUGACUUCACAAAGUUCAAUGCUGGAGACUACGAACAGUCAGUUUCGGCCCAACAGGCAGCCGAGAGCAUCACCUCAGUUUUGUACCCCAACGACAACUUCGAUAAGGGCAAGGAAUUGCGGUUGAAACAACAGUAUUUCUGGGUGUCGGCCUCGUUGCACGACAUCAUUCGUCGGUUCAAGAAAACUCAUCUCAACAAUUGGACCAAGCUCCCCGACAAGAUUGCUAUUCAGUUGAAUGACACCCACCCUACGUUGGCCAUUGUCGAGUUACAGCGGAUCUUGGUGGACUUGGAGAGCCUUGAAUGGGACGAAGCCUGGGGUAUCGUCACCCAGGUGUUUGCUUAUACCAACCAUACGGUGAUGGCCGAGGCCUUAGAACACUGGCCCGUCGAGGUAGUGGGACGGUUGUUGCCUCGGCACUUGGAGAUCAUCUACGAGAUCAACUACUUUUUCUUGAAGGCUGUUGAGUCUGAGUUCCCUAACGACAGAGAGUUGUUAACGAGGGUUUCGAUCAUCGAGGAGCAUUUCCCCAAGUCGGUGCGUAUGGCGCACUUGGCCAUCGUGGGAUCCCACAAGACCAACGGGGUGGCCGAGUUACACUCGGAGUUGAUCAAAACCACCAUUUUCAAGGACUUUGUCACGAUCUUUGGUACCGACCGUUUCACCAACGUAACCAACGGGAUCACUCCCAGAAGAUGGUUGAGACAGGCCAACCCGGAGUUGGCCAAGUUCAUCAGUGAGGCCUUGGAUGACCCUCAAUACAACUAUUUGACCAGCUUGACCGACUUGAAGAAGUUGGAGCGGUUUGUUGAGGACGAUGAGUUUUUGACCAAAUGGGAUGGCAUCAAGUAUAAUAAUAAGGUACGGUUGGCCAAGUUGAUCAAAGAUACUACCGGGGUGGAGGUGGAUCCUUCGGUGAUGUUUGAUGUCCAGGUGAAGAGAAUCCAUGAGUACAAGAGACAGCAGUUGAAUAUUUUCGCCAUCAUCUACCGGUACAUCAACAUCAAGAAGUUAUUGUCGCAGGGAGUUUCUAUCGAUGACAUCAAGUUGAAGCACUUUAUAUCCAAGUGCUCCAUUUUUGGUGGAAAAGCGGCUCCUGGAUAUUAUAUGGCCAAAACCAUCAUCCACUUGGUUAACGCCGUGGGAGAAGUCGUCAACAACGACCCGGAAAUUGGAAACUUAUUGAAGGUGGUGUUUAUUCCCGAUUACAACGUGUCAAAGGCCGAAAUCAUCUGUCCCGGAUCCGACUUGCUGAACCACAUUUCCACUGCUGGAACCGAGGCGUCAGGUACUUCCAACAUGAAGUUCGCCAUGAACGGGGGUUUAAUCAUUGGAACCGUUGAUGGAGCCAACGUUGAAAUCACCCGUGAAAUAGGCGAGGAAAACAUCUUUUUGUUUGGAAACGUUGCCGAGUCCGUGGAUGAGUUAAGACAUAAGCAUACCUACAAUGGUGUACAAGUGUCUGACGCUUUGGGUGAGGUUUUUGCAGCCAUUGAAUCGGGUAUUUUUGGUGACUACAACGAGUACAAGGCGUUGGUUGAGAGUAUCAAGGAUCAUGGCGACCACUACUUGAUCAGUGACGACUUUGACUUGUUCUUGGACUGCCACAAGCGGUUAGAGAAGGUGUUUGGCCACCAUGGUGGAGAUGCUAAUGAUAAAGACCAUUUACACAACUGGGUGAAGAAGUCGGUGAUUAGUGUAGCCAACAUGGGGUUCUUCUCGUCAGACCGGUGCAUUGAUGAGUAUGCAGAGAAUAUCUGGAACAUGGAGCCAUCCAACGCGUAG